AUGGCCCAGCCAAAUGCAGAGCCCGUCGAAGAGUAUGACUAUGAAGGGCUUCCACCCAAUUUUUCCCUCGUCCAGAACAUGGUCGCCGGCGCCUUUGCUGGCAUAGCCGAGCACACUGUUAUGUACCCAAUUGAUGCUAUCAAGACACGAAUGCAAAUCCUCAACCCCACACCUUCCGCUGUCUACAAUGGCAUGAUACAAGGAGGCUAUCGAAUAGCGUCGGGAGAGGGAAUCUUGAGUUUAUGGCGCGGCAUGUCGAGCGUGGUAGUUGGUGCAGGACCUGCCCAUGCCGUUUACUUUGCGACGUACGAAGCAGUGAAGCAUGUUAUGGGGGGUAAUCAGGCUGGUGUGCACCACCCCUUAGCUGCCGCCGCGAGCGGAGCUUCCGCAACCAUUGCCAGCGAUGCGCUCAUGAACCCUUUCGAUGUCAUCAAGCAACGCAUGCAAAUUCAUGAGUCAAGAAAGAUGUACAAAUCAAUGUUCGACUGCGCCAGAUACGUGUACCGGAGUGAAGGAUUAUCUGCCUUCUACGUCUCCUAUCCCACGACACUGUCUAUGACGGUCCCCUUCACGGCGCUUCAAUUUCUGGCCUACGAAUCGAUAUCCACAUUUAUGAAUCCAAAGAAAGCUUACGAUCCAACAACUCACUGUGUUGCUGGUGGUGUGGCUGGAGGCUUUGCUGCGGCCCUGACGACGCCAAUGGACGUGGUUAAGACGAUGUUACAGACGAGAGGGACAGCAACCGAUGCUGAGUUGCGAAACGUAAAUGGGUUCGUGGAGGGAUGUCGGCUACUUCGCCGAAGAGAGGGCCUAAAGGGAUUCUUCAAGGGCGUACGACCUCGUGUGGUGACAACUAUGCCGAGCACUGCUAUUUGCUGGUCGGCGUAUGAGGCUUGCAAGGCCUACUUCAUCCGCCAAAAUGAUUCAAUUGUCUAG